AUGGGAAAAGAUAAAUAUUAAAAUGAAGACCUGAUAAAAUAUGGCUGGACUGAAGAUAUUUGGUUUCAUGUGGAUAAGCUCUCCUCUGCACACAUGUACCUCCGAUUACACAAGGGGCAAACAGUGGAUGAUAUUCCCAAAGAAGUUUUGAUAGACUGCGCCCAUCUAGUGAAGGCCAAUAGCAAUCAAGGCUGCAAAAUGAACAACAUCAAUGUGGUGUGUACGCUGUGGACCAACCUGAAGAAAACGGCUGACAUGGAUGUGGGACAGAUAGGGUUUCACAGACAAAAGGAUGUGAGAACAGUGACAGUGGAGAAGAAGGUGAAUGAGAUACUGAACAGGCUAGAGAAGGCCAAAGUGGAGCGGUUCCCUGACCUGGCUGCUGAGAAGGAAGCCCGGGACAGAGAGGAGAGGAAUGAGAAAAAAGCCCAGAUCCAAGAGGUGAAACGGAAAGAGAAGGAGGAAAUGAAGAAAAAGAAAGAAAUGGAAGCUCUCAGGAGCUACUCUUCACUAAUGAAGUCUGAGAACAUGUCUUCCAACCAGGAUGGCAAUGAUGCAGAUGACUUCAUGUGAAUUGGGCACUCUCCCCUUUCUGAAUCGUGAGAUGGACUCCAUGUCUUAAUUUUUCACCCUCAAUAAGAUGCCAAAAAACCAAAUUCUGA